AUGGCCGACACGCCAACUAGAGGGAGUAGUCGCCCAGCGCGGACACCUGCAGGCCGGACACCAUCUCAGAGAACCCCUUCCGGGCGCGUAACCAACCCCGACUCAACCGUCCAUACGCCACUCGAUCGCAGCGGCCCUCGCGAGCUCGCUGAUUCCGUCCGCCGUGGACUCAGCGCCUCGGGCCGCAAAAAUAACAAUAAUGCGCCCACGCCGCAUGCCACCGCUGCGCGCCGUGCACUUGAACAGCGACGGACAGCCAUGUUCACCCCUGGCAAGAAUCGCCGACGCAGCUUGCGCGAGCAGCACCAGACACCCAUGAACAUCCUCAACCAGCUGGCAAGACGCCUCGCGCCGUCGACGCAGCAAGUGGCUGCGAGCUCGUCGCCAGCGGAAAGGGGGCCGCAGUCGAGCUUGCUCCCGAUCGGAGAGCGUGAAGAACCGGACGAUGAAGACGAUUACAUGGACGACGAGCCUGACGUGGAGGGGGACUACGAUGACGACGAUGACGAUGAAGACCUACCGGCCCCCCCACGAUUGUCUCUGGCGCUGCAGGAGGAUGAAGACGAUACUAUAGAGCUUCGCCCCCCUCGGCUAUCCGUGAUACCAGACGACAAUAUCACCAAUCACACCGUAGGGUCUGUGGAACUGCCGCGCGAAUACCGUGAUCCUGGCUGGGCGCGCGGCAGCCUGGGCAGCGUGCGCGGCAGCGACUACUUUGACCCGAACGACCCGACUGUGGAAAUGACGGGCCGGCCAUCUGACUUUUUCAAUGGCUCGCUAUUAGCCGACUUGCAAGACAGAGCAGACGACAAUGCCGUAGCAUUUCAGCGCGGCAGGUUCGAAAACGAUCCUACAAUGCGUACGAUUGGCCGCGAAAGUGAAUUCACAAUUGGAGUUCCCCCAGAUAUGGGCGAUCAGACCACCUUUAUGUUUUCCGAACCCGGCGGUGAUGCGCCAGCUACGUCACCCUUGCCAGGCACCUCUGCGACAGCGGCAGCCGCGCGAGCAGGAGGAGAUACGACGUACGGCAAUGUUUCAUUGGCUCUCGAUAAUCCAGAUGGCGAAGAUCUGCCACCAUUUGGCGACGAUGAUGAGGAUAACCAUCAAGAGCGUGAACCCAUCGACUAUGACGAGCCUACCAACAGGCAACACGGUGAUGAACAAGAAAGAGAUGCGGAAUCCGGCCGCCGGCGGGCUUCUGCAUUGGCUGACGGGGAGACACUCAUAUCCGAGGGGGAAGACAGCGACCCGGCAGAUGUCACAAUCCGCCAGCACAAUACGAGCCUGGCAGUAGAACGCUCCGCGCCAGCCCGCCGGGGACCCAAGUCCAAGAAGAAGCAGAAGCGCAUCUCACGCCACGGCGCCGAGUACCCGCCCCUACCCCCCGCGUUUGUGCGCCGCGUGGCGCACCGUGCGGUGCAGACGUCGGGUCUGAGCAACCAUCGCAUCACUUCAGACGUCCUGGCUGCGCUGACGCAGGCAUCGGAGUGGUUCUUUGAGCAGCUGGGCGAUGAUUUGGGCGCAUACGCUGAUCAUGCGAAGCGGACCGUCAUUGAAGAGAGCGACGUACUGACUCUAAUGAAGAGACAACGGCAAAUUGGCUCCGAUGCCACACUCUUUUCCCUUGCCCAGCGGCAUCUACCCAGAGAGCUCCUGCAAGACCUGCGAAUGCCACAGGGGGCGAACCUCAAAGGCCAGCUCCAAAAGAGCUUUACACAGUAUGACGAAGACGAAGACGAUGCUUCUGAAGUCUCAUGA